UUUGGUGCGAAUCAGCGUUUGUAAGCGACUUCAAAACGGAAGGACUUGAGCAACUAGCAGCCUGCAGCUAUCAACACCUGAAGAAGCACUGGACCUGCAUGAUGUGUGUGGAUAGUUGCCAAUAUGUAAACACCAAGAAAAUUGUUAAAACGCAAGCAUCGAAACUCCAAAAGCCUCUGCUCGCCUGCACAGACACUGCUGCUCGACGGUCCAAACAGCUUGCUUUGUAUCCCAACCCCACUCAUAUUCCCUCAUCGCUGGACAACAGCAUCGGUUCUUUCACACAAGCUAUGUUGCAGCAAGACCAAUUUUGCAGUUCAAGCUCUCAGAUAUUGGAGAGGGCAUUAUGGAGGUGACAGUUAAAGAAUGGUAUGUGAAAGAAGGCGACAAAGUGUCUCAGUUCGACAGCAUCUGUGAAGUCCAGAGUGACAAAGCAUCUGUGACCAUCACCAGCCGUUAUGAUGGAAUCAUUCGUAAACUCUACCAUGAUGUCGAUUCCAUUGCCCUUGUAGGCAAACCUCUCAUUGACAUUGAAACGGACACAGGUCAAGUGGAGGGUCCCCAGGAGGAUGUGGUGGAGACGCCCGCCAUGUCUCAAGAGGAGCACACGCACCAGGAGAUCAAAGGUCACAAGACUCAGGCCACCCCUGCCGUCAGACGCUUAGCCAUGGAGAACAAUAUUAAAUUAAGCGAAGUCAUCGGCACUGGAAAAGACGGCCGCAUUCUCAAAGAAGACAUCCUGAACUUCUCAGCCAGGCAGUCGGGGGCCAUCUUACCCCCAGCGCCCUUCCAGGAGAUUCGUCCUCCUCCUCCUGCGGCUGUAGCACCUUCAGCUCCAGCUGCAAAGCCCAAAGAGAAGAUGAGUCCACCUAGUAUACCCACUCCUGUGAUCCCUAAACCUGUUUUCACAGGCAAAGACCACACUGAACCCAUUAAAGGCUUUCAGAAGGCGAUGGUAAAGACCAUGUCAGCAGCCCUGAAGAUCCCUCACUUUGGUUACAAAGACGAAGUGGAUCUGAGCCAGUUGGUCCGGUUGCGCUCAGAGCUGAAAGGCCUGGCUGAGUCACGAGGAGUGAAGCUCAGCUACAUGCCGUUCUUCAUCAAGGCAGCAUCUCUUGGUCUCCUCCAUUUUCCAAUUUUCAACUCUUCUUUGGAUGAAAACUGCACAAAUAUCACCUAUAAGGCUGCUCAUAACAUCGGUCUGGCGAUGGAUACCAGUCAAGGACUUCUAGUUCCCAAUGUGAAGAACGUACAGAUGCUCAGUGUCUUUGAAAUCGCAGUGGAGCUCAACCGCCUGCAGACGUUGGGAAUGGCAGGACAGUUGGGGACCACCGACCUCACGGGAGGAACGUUCACGCUCUCAAACAUUGGAUCGAUUGGAGGAACCUACGCAAAGCCGGUCAUAUUACCGCCUGAGGUUGCUAUUGGUGCUCUUGGAAAAAUCCAGGUGCUGCCCCGGUUCAACCACAAGGGCGAGGUAGUGAAAGCGCACAUCAUGAAUGUGAGCUGGUCCGCCGACCACCGGAUCAUCGAUGGAGCCACCAUGUGUCGUUUCUCCAACCUGUGGAGAUCGUACCUGGAAAACCCCGCUUCCAUGGUCCUGGAUCUGAAGUAGAAAGCACACUUCCUCCAAGCACAUCUAGACGUAUCUAGACUCUGUCUCCCGACACUAAAGAUUUUUUGGUUACUGGGGCACUGAGCUA